CUCACGGCGUUGCAAAGAUUUGGCAGCGCGGCAAUGGUCCUGGCAAUCACACCAACCCCACGUCCUCAUCAUCAUCUCCCUCUUCACAGCUCCAAUAAUGGAGACUCACGCGCCCACCUCCACACCCAUCUUCUCCACCUGUUGAACGAGUGUACGGACAUGUCUCAGCUCAAGCAGAUACACGCUCACACAUUGCGCGCCACAUCGACCACAAACCCACACAGCCUCUUCCUCCAUAGCCGAAUCCUCCAUUUCUCUUCGCUCGCCGAUAUAAACUACGCGUUUCGGGUUUUCAAUCAGAUUGAGAACCCCAAUUCGUUCAUGUGGAACACUCUCCUCAGGGCCUGCGCACGAAGCUCUCAGCGCGAAGAGCAGGCCAUGUUGCUUUACUGUAGAAUGUUAGCUGAAGGGGUUGCUAUGCCCGAUCAAUAUACGUUCCCUUUUGUUCUUAGAGCUUGUGCCUACUUGUUUGCCUUGUCCGAAGGGAAACAAGCGCAUGCCAGCGCUGUUAAACUCGGGUUUGAUUCGGAUGUUUAUAUUAACAACAGUUUGAUUCAUUUGUACGCUUCUUGUGGGCGUUUGGAAUUGGCGAAGAAGGUGUUUGAGAAAAUGCGCGAAAGAAGCGUUGUGUCCUGGAAUGUUAUGAUUGAUUCAUUUGUUCGGGCUGGCGAGUUUGAGACUGCGCUGAAACUGUUUGAUGAAAUGCAGAAGAUGUUUGAGCCUGAUGGGUACACAAUGCAGAGCAUUAUAAAUGCUUGUGCUGGUUUGGGUGCUUUGUGUUUUGGGAUGUGGGCUCAUGCUUAUGUGUUGAGGAAGUGUGAUGGUGGUCUGGCAAACGAUGUUUUGAUAAACUCUUCGUUGAUUGAUAUGUAUUGCAAAUGUGGGUCCUUGGAAAUUGCUCAGCAAGUCUUCGACAGAAUGCCUAAACGUGAUGUAACUACAUGGAAUUAUAUGAUUCUAGGAUUUGCCAUGCAUGGUCAAGCUGAGGCUGCCUUGAAAUAUUUUGAACGUUUGGUUAAAAAGGAGACCUUUGCGCCCAAUUCCAUCACAUUUGUUGGUGUUCUGAGUGCAUGUAAUCACAGAGGCAUGGUAAACGAAGGACGCAAGUUUUUCGAAAUGAUGGUAAACAAGUACAGGAUUGAACCCCGAUUAGAACACUACGGAUGCCUAGCUGAUCUCUUGGCACGUGCCGGCUUCAUCGACGAAGCAUUGAAUUUGGUGACAACAAUGCCCAUGAAACCCGACAUUGUAAUAUGGAGGAGUCUUCUUGAUGCAAGUAGCAAGCAGCAUGCUAGUGUUGAGCUAAGUGAAGAAGUGGCCAGGCAGAUCCUCGAGUCUACAGGAGGCCAAGGAGGUGUUUCUAGUGGUGUUUACGUGCUUCUGUCAAGAGUAUAUGCUUCAGCUAGCCGUUGGAACGACGUUGGAUCGAUUAGAAAACUAAUGACAGUUGACGGUGUAGCGAAAGAGCCCGGCUGUAGUUUGAUAGAGAUAGAUGGUGUUACCCAUGAAUUUUUUGCAGGGGACACAUCUCACCCUCGCAGUAGGGAAAUAUAUAGGGUUCUGGAUGUGUUUAAAGAAAGGCUUGAAGUAAUGGGUCGACCUAGUGAGAGAAUAGCCAUUGCCUUUGGGCUCUUGAUCUUGAACCCUGGCGUGCCUAUACGCAUAUUCAAGAACCUGAGGAUAUGCAAUGACUGCCAUAAGGUAACCAAAUUGAUCUCUAAAAUAUUCAACGUGGAGAUUAUCAUGAGAGAUCGUGCUCGAUUUCAUCACUUCAUAGACGGCAUCUGCUCUUGUAUGGAUUAUUGGUAACUUUUCACUGUUUUAUGAUUGUAUCACGAGUCAGCAAAUGUAUAGAAAAAGGCUAUUUGCCAACAUUUCGUCGA